GCUGGCGGUAAAGCUGGGAAGGACUCUGGAAAGACCAAGACCAAAGCAGUGUCUCGUUCUCAGCGGGCUGGACUGCAGUUCCCUGUUGGCCGCAUCCACAGGCACCUGAAGUCUAGGACUACCAGCCAUGGGCGUGUAGGAGCCACAGCUGCUGUGUAUAGCGCUGCAAUCCUGGAGUACUUGACAGCUGAGGUUCUUGAGCUGGCAGGAAACGCAUCCAAAGACUUGAAGGUGAAACGUAUCACUCCCCGUCACUUACAGCUUGCAAUUAGAGGAGACGAAGAAUUGGAUUCUCUCAUUAAGGCAACAAUUGCUGGUGGUGGUGUAAUACCGCAUAUCCACAAGUCUCUCAUUGGAAAGAAAGGACAACAGAAAACUGUCUAAAGGAUACCAGGAUUCCUUGUUAUCUCAGGACUCUUAAGUACUUAAUUGUCCAGUGUUGGUGAUUCCAGUGGACUGUAUCUGUGAAACACAAUUUUGCCUUUUUGUAACUUUGAGAAGCUAAAGCUCCCUCGAGCUUUCUAACAAACCAAAUUUCUGCAUUGAAGUCUUAACCGUAUUUAAGUGUUACCAUGGCUUCAAAGAAGCUAUUGUAUUUGUCACUUGUUUUGAUUGAGCUGACUGUUUUUAGAUUGGCUU